AUGCCUCCAAAAAGAGCUAGAAGAGCCAAAAGCAGCGCUCGAAAAGGACAGGAAUUGUCUGAGUACGGAAAUUACGAUCCCAUGUUCAUGCAUGAUGCGAUCAACUUUGAGCAGCGGAUGAAGCGAUACGCGAAACUGGCUAUAGACGAGCACAUAUUCAAAAAGCCCGAUAUCUUACAGACAGCCUUGCCUAGCUCAGAGCAAGAUACUUCGGAAGAACUCCAAGAAAAGCUGAAAGAACAGUUAUCGAAGAGCUUUGAUAAGCAUGGCUGGAACAGUGAUUGCUUCAAGAAGGAACUUGAGAAUGAAAGUUUAAAAGUUCACCUCGACUUUUGCAAAGAAAAUGAGGCUUAUAUCGAGGAAAAUCUUGCUGCAAUCCGGAAGAUCGUUGAAGAAUGCGAGAUAUUUCUGAUGAAAUCAAACGACACAGUUAUUUCAUUUCUCGGAGGGAUCUUGAAGGAGCGAAAAAAGAUCCUCAACGAAAAUCAAAGGAAGCACAAGGCCAAGAUCGAAAAAAGAAGAAAAGAAAGUCUUGCCGAGAAGAAAAAGGCUCAGGCCGAAGCUAACUCGUCAAGUUCUUCCCCAUCAGCCUCCGAGCUCGCGCAAAGACGAAUUCAAGCGCUGCAAAAGAUCCGCGAGCUAAAUGCACUUCGAAAAGCUCAAAGAGGCGAUUUAAAUAUGUACUAA